AUGGAGGACGAGAAAGUUGUGUACUCCCGCUCGCAGCUGGUGUUCGCGGGGAUCAAGCCGCUGGAGGACGCGCUGGAGAUCUUCGUGCCGGAGUCGAAGCACUUCAUGAACUCGGACACUGAGCUGUGGAACUUCCUGUGCAGCCUGAAGCGGGACUUCUCGCCGGUCAUCCUCCGCAGUAAAGACGUGUACGGCUACUCGUCGUGCCGCUCGGUGGUGCCGGACCCCAGCCAGCUCUCCCGCAGGAAAGCGCAGGAACCGGCGCCCGCCCCGCAGCCUAAGAAGCCGCCGCCGGUGAAGAGGAAGCGGAGAGGGAUGAGGCUGAGCUGCAGGAAGCGGCGGAGGGUGAAGCCGGCCGCCAGUGAGGAGAGCGGAGCCAGCAGCAGCUGCAGCAGCCCGACCCCGUCCGAGGCAUCCAGCUCCCUGAGCAGCCCGCUGGAGGACAUGUGGAAGAUCAGCGCCUUCCCCACCAUCCGGGUCCGGGACGUGUCCUGUGAGGCCAAAGUGGCGGCCGCCCGGCUGAGGGCUCAGAGGAUCCUACAGGUCAACCUGCAGCCGGUCGUUCGGAUCCGCCGCUUCCCCGUCCUCUCCUCCUCCUGA